ACGUCACGGCGUCGGGGCGGAAGAUGGUGCGGUUCGGGGCCGGCGGUUGCUGAGCGGACCCGGACGCAGCUGCACCCCGAGCUCCCCGCUCCGGCGCCCGCCGCGGGGCCGUAGCCAUGUCGCUGCUGCAGUCUGCGCUGGACUUCCUGGCGGGCCCGGGCUCUCUGGGCGGUGCUGCCGGCCGCGACCAGACCGACUUCGUGGGGCAGACGGUGGAGCUGGGCGAACUGCGGCUGCGGGUGCGGCGGGUCCUGGCCGAGGGAGGGUUUGCGUUUGUGUAUGAGGCUCAAGACCUGGGAAGUGGCAGAGAGUACGCCUUGAAGAGGUUAUUGUCUAACGAAGAGGAAAAGAACAGAGCCAUCAUUCAGGAAGUUUGUUUCAUGAAAAAACUUUCUGGCCACCCCAAUAUUGUCCAGUUUUGUUCUGCAGCAUCCAUAGGGAAGGAGGAGUCGGACACGGGGCAGGCCGAGUUCCUGCUGCUCACCGAGCUCUGCAAAGGGCAGCUGGUGGAAUUUUUAAAGAAAAUUGAAUCUAGAGGUCCGCUCUCGUGCGAUACCGUUCUGAAGAUAUUCUAUCAGACGUGCAGAGCCGUGCAGCACAUGCACAGACAAAAGCCGCCCAUCAUCCACAGAGACCUCAAGGUGGAGAACUUGUUGCUCAGUAACCAGGGGACCAUCAAGCUGUGUGACUUUGGCAGUGCUACGACCAUCUCGCAUUACCCGGACUACAGCUGGAGCGCCCAGAGGCGGGCCCUGGUGGAAGAAGAGAUCACCAGGAACACCACACCCAUGUAUAGGACGCCAGAGAUCGUGGACUUGUACUCGAACUUCCCCAUCGGCGAAAAGCAAGACAUUUGGGCCCUGGGCUGCAUCUUGUACCUGCUGUGCUUCAGGCAGCACCCGUUUGAAGACGGAGCAAAGCUGAGAAUAGUCAACGGGAAGUUCUCAAUCCCUCCUGGUGACACCCAGUACUCUGUGUUCCACGACCUCAUCCGUGCUACGCUGAAGGUCAACCCCGAGGAGCGGCUGUCCAUCACAGAACUGGUCAACCAGCUCCAGGAGAUUGCAGCCGCCAGGAAUGUGAACCCCAAAUCGCCCAUCACUGAGCUCCUAGAGCAGAAUGGGGGCUAUGGGAAUGCUGUCCCGUCUCGAGGGCCUCCCCACCUCGGGGGCUCCAGCAGCGGUGGCUACAGUGGAGGCCUGGCGCUUGCCGAGUACGACCAGCCCUAUGGCGGGCUCCUGGAUAUCCUGCGGGGGGGCACCGAGCGCCUCUUCACAAACAUCAAGGACACCUCCUCCAAGGUCAUCCAGUCCGUUGCCAAUUACGCGAAGGGAGACUUGGACAUAUCUUACGUCACAUCCAGAAUUGCUGUGAUGUCAUUCCCAGCAGAAGGUGUGGAGUCGGCUAUCAAGAACAACAUAGAAGACGUCCGGUUGUUUUUGGACUCCAAGCACCCAGGACAUUAUGCGGUCUACAACCUCUCCCCGAGGACGUAUCGGCCCUCCAAGUUUCAUAACCGGGUUUCCGAGUGUGGCUGGGCGGCCCGGCGGGCCCCGAGCCUUCGCAGCCUGUACAGCGUUUGCAGGAACAUGCACUCGUGGCUCAGGCAAGACCACAAGAACGUCUGUGUUGUGCACUGUGUGGACGGGAGAGCUGCCUCUGCUGUGGCCGUCUGCUCCUUCCUGUGCUUCUGCCGGCUCUUCAGCACCGCAGAGGCCGCCGUGUACAUGUUCAGCAUGAAGCGCUGCCCGCCAGGCAUCUGGCCGUCUCACAAAAGGUACAUCGAGUACGUGUGUGACAUGGUGGCCGAGGAACCCAUCACGCCCCACAGCAAGCCCAUCCUGGUGAAAGCCGUGGUCAUGACGCCCGUGCCUCUGUUCAGCAAGCAGAGAAACGGCUGUAGGCCCUUCUGCGAGGUGUAUGUGGGGGACGAGCGAGUCACCACCACGUCUCAGGAGUACGACAAGAUGCGGGAUUUUAAAAUCGAGGAUGGCAAGGCAGUCAUUCCCCUGGGCAUAACCGUGCAGGGAGACGUGCUCAUCAUAAUCUACCAUGCAAGGUCCACGCUGGGUGGAAGACUUCAGGCCAAGGUGGCAUCCAUGAAGAUGUUCCAGGUCCAGUUCCACACUGGGUUUGUGCCUCGGAACGCAGCUACCGUGAAAUUUGCAAAGUACGACCUGGACGCGUGUGACAUUCAGGAGAAGUACCCGGAUUUAUUCCAAGUGAACCUAGAGGUGGAGGUGGAGCCCAGAGACAGGCCCAGCCGGGAGGCCCCCCCCUGGGAGAGCACCAGCAUGAGGGGGCUAAACCCCAAAAUCCUGUUUUCCAGCCGAGAGGAGCAGCAAGAUAUUCUGUCUAAAUUUGGGAAGCCAGAGCUCCCCAGGCAGCCCGGCUCCACCGCUCAGUACGACGCCGAGGCGGGGUCUCCCGAUGCCGAGCCCACGGAGUCCGAUUCACCACAGAGCAGCGGCACAGACACCAGCCACUUCCUCCACACGCUGGACUGGCACGAGGAGAAAGACACAGAGACGGGCCCAGAAAGCAAUGUCGCCAAGGAGAGUGUGCCAGCCCCGGCCGCGGAUGCGGGCGGGAGUGAGCUGUCCGACGAGGAGGUGGCCACGCUGUCAGCCGAAGGCAGGGACGCGGCUGAGGAGGACACACCGGGCCCAGCGGGGAGGGCGCAAGAGCAAGAGUCGAUUUUUGACGCGGCCACACCGGCCACGCCGCACGAGCCUGCGUCGCAGGAGGACAGCGUCGACCUCCUGGGGCUGCACUCUGGGACGGGGCCGGCACCCCCAGUGCAGGCCUGCGGGGCGGUCCCCAGUAACGCCGACCUGCUCAGCCGCCUCCUGGGGGCGCCUGACACUGCCCCGGAAGUCCCCCCGGGCGACCUGCUGGGCGGCGAUGCCCCCCUGCUCUUCACAAGCUCGGCUCCGCCCCUGAGUGCGCAGAGCCCACCCCGAGAAGGGCCGGCCAUGGCCGCCGACCCAUUUGAUCCUCUCCUCCUGCCAUCUGGUCCAGACACCCAGCCCUGCUCCAAGCCCGACCUCUUUGGCGAAUUUCUUAAUCCAGAACCUCCUGCUGCUCCCACCUCUUUCCCCUCCACCCACAGCGCCCCGCCCCUAGCCUGCAACACCGACUUCCUGCACCUGGGGGAUAUACCAGCAGAGCCCAGCAAGAUGACCACCUCGGCCAGCCACCCGGAUCUGCUGGGAGGGUGGGAGGCCUGGGCCGAGGCUCCGGCCCCUGCUCCUGCUAGUGAAGGUCCUUUCUUCUCUGCUGGAGGACAGCCCGCCCCUCCCGGCCCCUCGGCCAGCCGGACCAAGUCUCAGAGCCUGGACCCAUUUGCAGACCUCGGUGACCUCAGUUCUGGCCUCCAAGGCUCGCCUGCUGGAUUUGCUCCUGGAGGUUUCGGCCCUAAAACCGCCCCCCCUCCCUCAGGCGGCAGCUCCUGGCAGCAGACCAGUCGGCCCCCGGCCCAGAGCGCCCCAUGGCCCCCGCAGGCCAAGCCACCCCCCAAAGCCUGUGCACAGCCAAGGCCUAACUACACCGCCAACCUAAGUGUGAUCGGCGGCCGAGAGGAGAGGGGUUUCCGCACCCCUAGCUUCGGUCAGAAGCCGAGAGUGUCCGAGAGCGACUUUGAGGACCUGCUGUCCGAUCAGGGGUUCUCCUCCAAGUCUGACAGGAAGGGGCCCAGGACCAUGGCAGAGAUGCGGAGGCAGGAGCAGGCCAGAGACGCAGACCCACUCAAGCUGAAGCUCCUGGAGUGGACGGAGGGCAAGGAGAGGAACAUCCGUGCACUGCUGUCCACCCUCCACACCGUGCUGUGGGACGGGGAGAGCCGCUGGACCCCUGUGGGCAUGGCCGACCUGGUGACCCCCGGGCAGGUGAAAAAACAGUACCGCCGUGCUGUGCUGGCGGUCCACCCGGACAAGGCCACAGGCCAGCCAUACGAGCAGCUCGCCAGGAUGAUCUUCAUGGAGCUGAGUGACGCUUGGGCCGAGUUCGAGAGCCAGGGCUCCCGGCCCCUCUUCUAAGCCCACGGCGGUUGAGGCUCCGCAUGUGGCUCGUGGAGCCAGAAACUGCUGGGCUCCACCUGGAGGGGCCUGUCUGUGGCCGUCGUGGCGUGGGCUCACAUGGCCGCACCCGCACCGUUGUGGGCACCACCCCCGGAGGGUGCGUAGCAGACGCCGCUCCCCACUCCGCGGCACGAGGAGAGAAAGCAUUCCAGAGCCUCUGAGUCUCCUUUUCGUUUUCUGGUCCUGAAGGAAACGUGUUGAUGACAUUCCCCCAACGGUUGUCAUGGUUUGUGAUUUGUUUCAUUUUGUCCAGUGGCCAUUGCCUUGAGAGCGCGCUGCUCAGCUGGCCCGCCCCGAAUCCCACUCGUGGACACUGACUCCUCCUGUGCGUGACCAGCCCGGCAGCUGCUUGUACAUAAUUAAACUAUUUUCUGAUGACGCUUGUCUUGGCGCCUCGUGACCCCUCUGCAGCUGUGCCGCAUCUGGCCAGUCUCAGCUCUGACCCCAGAGAUGGAGUGUGGGAACCCCGCCCGGUGGGCCUCGCCCUGGGCACGGCACCGGGCCCAGACAGAAGGCCGUGGCGCGGCUGCGUCAGCCCUGCCGUGUGACCCCACCCCCAUCCGCCAUGUCCUGCUGGCUCCCUUCUCGCGGUGGGACGGCCAUGGGGCCUUUGGAUGCCGUCGCUUAGGGAAUUGAGAACCAUCGCUCUCUUUUCACGAAAAGCUUGUUGGAGAAGAGCCAGGUGCCCAGUGUCAUGUGGCAGAGAUGUGGCUGCCACGACUGCACAGGCCGGGUCGCCAUGGCGUGCGGUCUUAGGGGGUGGCGCACAUCAGCACGAAGCUUUGGUCAGAAGAGACUUUCCAGGCUCCCGGGGUCAUCCUGCUCCUGCCGCGGCGCCCCUCCAUCCAGGUCAGCACCGCAGGCCUCAGAGUUUGCGUGCACCCCCUUCUUUACCUAACGUGAGUUCCGGAGUCUAGUGUGAUGCUGGGUAGAAUUGAGGACCGUUGCAGGAUCUGUCAUGGGAGGGGUGUGGACCGGAGAGGGGGCAGCCCCUGUCCCACACCCGUCUGUUGGAUGGGAUGUGCGAGUUGGUGUGGACUUGGCUCCCUGGUCACAAAGGCCUCCGUGUGAGCCUGUAAACACCACUGGAGGGGCCGCGUUGGGGCUGCUGGGAGCCCAGCCCCAAUGUCCUCAGAUAAUUGGACGCUCUGACCUGAAGCUCAGAGCCCACCUUCGACUGCCCGUGACCAUGUUGUCCUAAACUGGCCACCACUGUUGUCACUGCGGCUGGGAGCCCCUGUGAGCGUGGGCGGAGCGUGGGGCCCAGGGGGCUGGGAGGGCCGGGGCUCUGAGGGUGCAGGGCGGGGGGAGGCUCUGGCCUUCGACCCUGCAGCCAGCAGGACCUCACCAGGAGCUGUGACCCGCCCUGCCCUCUGACCCCCGGGCUCGGCCGCCGUCCGUCUGUGGAGGUGACCGUCUGCCACGGAGCAUGGAGCCCUCAGUGCUGAUUGACUGCUGCAGGCCUGUGCAGACAGCGUCCCAGUGUUUGGAGAACAAGGAGUCCGCCUUUGUUAUGCGUUUGCUGCUAUUUUCAGCUUCCGACUCCCUUAAAAAAUAACGAGCGCCCUAAAUAGCUUUAGAGAUUUCACAUCAGAGUUGCUUUGGAUCCAGAGCCCCCCCCCCCCCCCCCCCCCCCCCCCCCCCCCCGGCCUCUGGGCUGACGCCCCCUCUGCCUUUGGCACCGGCCCUAAUUUACUGUCUUGGGGUGACAUUCCAGAGGUUCCCACGUGGCCUGGCCACAAAGCUCUGACCCUACAGGCCGUGGGCCCAGUGUGGGGCCUGCUCCAGUGACCUGGCGUGUCCGCUGACUGUGGGGCCACAGUGAUGAGUAUAGUCGGGAGCCAGACCGCUGUGGGCCCCAGGGGCGGGGCGGGGGAGCCACUCUGGCCGGUGCCACAGGGUUCCCAGGCUGCCCCCAUCUGCAAACCCAGGACCCCAUCGCACUCUCCAGGGUCUACAGAGGAUGCCUCCACACCCAGCAUGCCUAUGAUGGCCUCGGUGACCAGCGUCCUCGGGGGUCAUGGAGGGACAUGACUGCUGGGUAUGUGACCCACACAGUACAUCCCCACGCUGGCCCCAGCCGCCUCGCCCCUCCCUGCCUGCUCCCUGACACCAGGCAUUGCCCGUCUCUGGGGUCCUGGCCAGUGUGGCAGGUGCAGCGUCUUGAGAAAGUAGUUUCAUUUCUGUGCCUAGUGACACGUCCUUGUUCCUGCCGGCACCUGCUGUAUCUUUUUUGCGGUUGGUGUCUCUGCGGUUCCCAGCAGUACAGGUGGCCACGGGCCCUUUCCGAGGCUGGGCACACCCUCCGGCAGCGUGGCCUAUGUUCUUGGCUCCCAACAGCCUUAAAUCCUGCCCCAGCCUGAUUCCUGGCAAAUGCCUAUUUGUGGGAAAUAAAUACUCAUUCGUUCAGCGAA